CUAUAUAUGGCUCUCAUCCUCCCAUGGGAGCCCUCCCCUCCUCUUCCAAUGUAUAAGAAACACUCGUUCCUCUACCAACCCCAUUUCAUCUUCGAUUUCACCCACCUCUUCACAGACUCCCCUCUCCCGCUAUGGCGAUGGAACUCUGUGCAUGCCGCCCCAUUUCCGACCUCCCCGUUUCUUCUCCCCUUCUUGCCAGAAACCAGCACCUCCGUCCCAAGCACGCGCUUCCUCUCAAAAUGCCCGUAGCCUCGCGUCUUGCUCGCGGCAUCCACUUCCGAUAUCGUCAUUUUUCUGUUUCACUGCCGAGAGCAGCAGCAUCUGAGGAAUCAUAUGGAUCUAGUCCAUAUAUUACUGAAGAACGCGACAGCGCGGCGGUCUCGGAAGAUUCUUCUCCUGCUUCUUCGGUCGCCGUGGAAGAUUCUCCUCCUGCUUCUUCGGUAGCCGUGGAAGAUUCUCCUCCUGCUUCUUCAGUCGCCGAGGAGAACCUUCCCGCGGAGAAUCUUUCAUCUGACGAAAUUGUAACACCUGAAGUGCCGAAAGAAGAACCGGUUGAGGACGCGCCCGUUGUAGCGGUGGAGGAUUCUCUAUCUGCAUCUUCAGCUACCGUGGGAGAUUCUUCUUCUGCUGAGAAUGUUGCGUACAAUGAAACUUCGACAGCUGAAGAACCCAAAGAAGAACCUAAAGAAAAACCAGUUGAGGUUGCGCAAGAAUGGACGCUUGAUUCAUUGAUUGAUCUGAAACUCGAGUCGGUUGAUAAAUACAGUCUUGCCCUGUAUGGUGGUGGUGCCUCUUUUGGCCUCUGGUUGGUUUCAGCCGUUGUUGGUGCUGUUGAUUCCAUCCCAUUGGUUCCCAAGUUGUUGGAAAUUGUGGGGCUUGGUUACACACUGUGGUUCGCGGCUCGCUUUCUGUUAUUCAAGGAAAGUAGAGACGAAUUGGCUGCCAAGAUUGAUGAGAUAAAGGAGCAGGUUAUUGGUUGAGAUUGACGUCUCAUUCGGUCUGUAAAUUUUUACUGUUAAAUCUUAGGGAGAUAGUUAUGUUUGCAUAGAUAGAUAUCUUGGAUGUGCUGAUGAACAUAAAUGAUAUAAAUAAUUACAUUUUGUUUCUAAUGAAGCACAUAUUACAACGAUA